UUUUGUUUGUUUUGAUUAAGCAUCAUCAGCUGCAUAAAUUAAUUUUGCCAUUUGGAUGUAUGUAUGUGUACAUUGUAUAAAGAUUUAUAUUUCACCAAUUGUCUUGUGUAACUACUUUUCAGUUCUGUGAAACACUGGCCGAUCCCUUUCAUACUCCCUGGGCAGGACCUAUAAUCUACCGGCUCCUUGAUUACGUGGGUGAAGUGAAAUUGUGCUCCAGAAUCAUUGAAGUUCUGGACAGCAACAAGGACUGGGCAUAGAUAAAGGAGAAAACUAAGCCUAAAUGUAGCAUGUACAAAGAGAAGAGCAGGGGUCCAAGUACAGAGCCUUGGGAGACUCCAUAAUGUACGUUUGUAUGACUAGAUGGUUCAUUAUGGACAUGACUGAUGAUGGUCACAGAGAUCAUACAGAGAAAAGCCUCAGACCUAGAGCUUCAAACAGAUGCAUCAUGACAGCUGCUAGUGUCUACAUGGCUGGGGCUAACAUGGCUUAUGAGGACUACAGCAUCUACAGUAAUCUAUCUGAGGAUGACUUGAUCCAGCUUGCCAUUGAACGCAGCCUGGCUGAUCUCUUCCGGCCUUCCUCAGUGCCCUCACAACAUACAACACAGGGGUCAUCUUCUUCAUCUUCUUCCUCUGGGGAACAAACCGUGCCAACAUUUCAGCAGGUGCAGGGACAUUUUAGAGCUCAGAGACAAGCAGCUUUGCAUACUCAGAACAUUGACGCAGAUCUUCCUCAAACUGACAAUUUCCCCAGUGAAAGCCAAAAUGAGAAAGUUCCUUUACGUGUCUCUGCUGGAGAAAAAGUGGCGAUGCGGUCCUGGGGAAAGAGAAAUGGAUUGUUUGUUAGAGUUAGAGUGAAACCUACGAACAUAUCUGCUCUGAACUCAGCCAUCUGGGCGAAUGAUGUCAAAAGACUUCUUGAAAUACUGCAGAACGAGCCUUCUGAAAUUCUGAGUAAACCGAACAAAGAGGGCUGGAUACCCUUGCACGAGGCUGCCCACUACGGCUCCGAGGAAUGUUUGAGAGUGCUAAUAAGAGCCUCUCCUCAACUUAUCAACAAACGUGCCAACAUGACCUGCACCCCUCUGAUAGUGGCUGUGGACUAUAAACACCAGUCAUGUGUCCAGUGUCUCCUUGCGGCAGGAGCAGAUCCCAACAUACCCAACGAAUUAGGAGAAACACCUCUCUACAGAGCUUGUGAAAAGGCAACUGAGGAACUGGUGGAGCUUCUACUGAAGUCAGGAGCCAAGGCCUCCCAGGCCAGCCUCGAGGGAGUGACACCAUUACAUGAAGCAGUGAAUAACAAACAUCUGGGCAUGUGCAAGCUACUGUUGGAAGCUGGAGCAAACAUAAGUGCCAAAAAUGUUUACAGCAUUGAGCCACUAUUUGUAGCUGCCCAGGGAGGAGCCACGGAAGUAUUGAACCUCCUCAUUGAACAUGGUUAG